ACCAACAGGUGGUUACGAAUUUGCGUAUCAAAACAAAGGAACCGGCCAAAAACAGCGGUUGGCUGGAACGCACAACGCAAAAAGCAAGCGCACGAUCCACAGCCGAUAUAACAAAGAAAGUGCAAGCGAAGUCGCACAUAUACAGUGCGUCUGUUGCGUCCGUUUGGCUGAGUGUUGGUGAUUCUGAUCGUAGCGUGUGUGUUUGUGUGUGUGUGCGUGCAAACCCCGCGAAACAAGCGAAACGAGCGCAUCGCGAGCGGAACAGCUGGUUAUCAAAGUACGAAGAGUGAAAAACCUCCCAACAACAACACCCCCCUGUGCAAGAUGGCUGCCUUGGUAGUGAAACGAUCGGUGCGAUCACUCUGCCGGAUGUACGCCCUUUCGUCCCCGUCAGCGACGUCGCAUCUUUCCCAGCAAGCACAAACGUGUGGCUACUCCUCCUCCACGAAGCAUCCGUUCCAGGGCAAUGGAGCGGGCAGUAGCCCGACAGGUCAUCUGACCAUGACCAGCAGCAGCAAGCAGCUGUCAACGGCCGACAUCAAGAAGAUCCCGGAUGCGGAGGUGCGCAAAUCCGUCUUCAUCUCGCAAUCGAACGAUGUGUUCACGAACCUCGCGUUGGAGGAUUGGAUCUAUCGGAACUUCGACUUGACCAACCAUCACAUACUGAUGCUGUGGAUUAACAAGCCGUCGGUGGUGAUCGGCCGGCACCAGAAUCCCUUCUCCGAGACGAACGUUUCCGCGCUGGAGCGUAAUGGGAUCGAGCUGGCUCGACGGAAUAGUGGCGGCGGGGCCGUCUAUCACGAUCCCGGUAACCUGAACUGUACCUUCUUUAUGCCGCGGGCCCGGUACGAUCGGAAGUACAACCUGACACUGCUGACACGCGCCCUUUAUCGGGAGUACGGUAUCAAUGCGGAACUUUCCACACGGGACGAUAUUGUGCUGUUGGGCAAAAAGAUAUCAGGAACCGCUGCUAAACUAGGCCAACCGAACGCUUAUCAUCACUGUACGCUGCUGGUAAACUCGAACAAGCUUCACCUGGGUGCAUCCCUUGCGAAAGAUAACGUUGAAAUAACAAGCAAGGCUACCGCUUCCAUUCCAUCGCCGAUCAAGAAUCUUGUUGACGUAAACCGAACCGUAAACAUCCAGCAACUCCUGUCGGCCAUUGGCUACGAAUUUCUUCGCACACCCGCCACCCAACUGACCGACGGUGGUCGCGAACUGUUGAUGAAACAGCGUGGCUUCCAGCUGAUCAAUCCUACGGACAAGUGGUUCCCGGGCAUUACCGAGCUGCGCGAAAAUUUUGCCUCGUGGGAGUGGCGGUUUGGGAAGACGCCCAACUUUUCCGUACAGAAAACGAUCCAGCUCAAAUCGGCCGGAGAGCAUCAGCAUGAGAUGAAGGUGAAAGUGGACGUUGAAAAGGCACUUAUUAAAGAAAUUAGUCUCGUCCUGCCCAACCACGAGCCGAUUCCGGUUGUGUCGGAUAUGGUGGGCCGCAUGUAUAACGAGGAUUGCUUCCAUGGUAUCGCGGAAGCACUGCGAGGUGCAAACACCGAAAAUAUGCAACAGGCGAUGGGAUUAUGAAGGUUAGUCCUGCCAGCGACUGCUGUAUCUUCCAGCCCAUCUGCUAACUCCUCGUCGACGAUCGUAGAAGAAGGUGGCGGACCGGACGAUGGACGCAGUUGAAAGCGAACGCGUUCCGUAUGCUGACUCAUCGAACUACGUACCUCUCUAGAGUUCUUGAGCAAAAAAAAAAGGGGUGUGUAAGGAGGGAAUGCUGAAGUUAUUUGAAAUUCAAACGCCACAGUUAACAGAUGGUACUAACCCAUCACCAUUAGUGCAGCAGUAGGUACAGUCCGAGUCGAAGGCUUGUCCAACCGGUUGGCAACAGAGUAAACAAGGUCCGAUCGUACGAUCGUCCCCUUUCAGUAUACCUCAACCCUGAACUUAAGCGACGUUAAACGGGGCAACAAAAUAACACACUCGUGUGCACAACCCAUCAACCUGGAUAGGCGUGUUUAGGGAGGUUAAUCGAUGGGUACACCAAUACUUCCGCUCUUUGUCUACCUUUUCGGUUGUUGUAGGAUUAGGAAAGCAAAAAAAAAAUCGCGACAUUCAUAAUGCAUGCGGUAAGGGUUUGAUUCGUGCUUGAAUCGGAACCGCUAAACGAACCUAGUGACAAACCUUUUGUGCAAUACGCAAGCAAACAAACAAAACAACCUUCAACGACGGUAAACGACGAGGAGCUUGUGGUCAAUCGAUCGACCUUGCAUAACACACCCGACCACCACAACGGGGAACAUUAUGCACCGCUAAUCAGCUGUUGUUUGUCGAAGGAAAAUGCAAUCGAAAGCACCGAACGACCGACCCGGCUGUGGACGUGCGGGGGUAGAGCCUUCUUUCCGUGCCUUGCUGCACUAGUUUGCAUUUCACCGUGUUUUUAAACCUACUAUUGACUGAAACCGAUUGACAGGAACCAUCUGGAAAAAAAUCCUCAUUUAGUAAAAAUCAUCAAAUUAGUGCGAGCAAACUUUUCUGUUUAUUUCUUUUGUAAUGCCGUCAGAAGGCUUUCGUGAGAUAAGGCUUGUAUAGGUUUUGUGUUUAAUUUUGAAUGUGAGUUGCACAUAGACGAUAAAUUGUGAUUUGGUUAAAGUUGAACUAUACAGAGAGCUGCGAAAUUGGUAUCACCUGGUUUAGUAUCUGCCAUUUAAUUAAAGGAAAUAUUCGUUUUCAUACUAUUAAUUCUAAUCAGUGCGGACUUUAGCCCCAAUGGCAAUGCAAGUAUAGGACAGCUUACAGUUACAGUAUGGACACAGCUUCAGGCAGAUCGCUAUCAAUUAUUCCAUUUUUGUUAGGGUUUUAGUUACUUAUGUUAGCGCUCGUCUUAGGUGUGUAGGAUCCUCGAAUUGUGAGGUCCACCACCGUGGCUUGCCAAUGCAGGAGGAUACAUCAAGAAUACGAUCAUAUCAUUUCGUCUCGACAUCACCGCUAACAAGUUUUAGUUGAAUGGCCGGUUGUCGUUUGGUAGGUUAACCUUUACAUGUUUAUUUCCUCGUUUCUGAGCUCCUGUAUUUUUAACGUGACCUUGCUUAGUGUUGAUACAUUUUUUUCUAUUCCAACAGAGGUUAAUAAUAUACUGGUAGUGUUGAAGUAGAGAUUUGUAGCGUAAGAUUCGAACUUUAACGAAAACAAUCAAACCAGUUCGUAAAAUUGUUGAUCAUAAAAACCAAAUAAGAUAGACUCUAGUAUGAGUGCUAAUAAAUAAAUAAAAAAACAUGUAUAA